AGCGAAAACGAAGACUGAACGUGAACUGCGACUAUAGCGACGUCAUAUCUGAUUUGUUGUCUCGCAGAAGAUCCGCCAUGUCGACGGAAAACGAAUCUCCUGUCCAUGCUGACUCCCCGGACAAGAUAAAGCCUUCGCCUGUGAGCCAGGUGCCGCCGCCGGCCCGAGAUUCCAGGCCAAGGGCACGUGGACCUUUCCCAGGAUCAUUCGCAGAUACGGCGCUCACGCUGGUCAUAGUGCUGGCAUUUGUAACCUUGACUUCUGGAAUCAUAAUAACCCAACUACUUACGAGAAAAACUGUGCGUCGCGAAAACGAGGUCGACGGUGUGGGAAGCGAUGGAGAUGUGGGUAGCGAUGGAAGCAGUUACGACAGUUUGACAAUGUUAUAUGGUGACGAAGAAAGCGGCUUUCACGGAGAUCACGGCGGUAGAGGCUCAACAACCAGCUCCUCGACACCUCCCGCCAGCCUCGCAAGCGUAUCUGAAGUGACCGGCACAGCAGCGUCUUCAAGGGGGGAAGGAAGCACUGAACCAGCAGAAGGUAUUUGCCAAACACAAGGAUGCAAGGCGUUCGGAUCGUUUUUGCGCGGCUUCAUUAAUAAUAGCAUUCAUCCUUGUGAGGACUUCCACGCUUUUGUCUCCGGGAAGGCCAGCAAAGAUUUCAGUUACAAGCAAUAUGGCGCCGGGGAAGCCACAAUGGUUCUAGACAAAGCCUUGCUGUACCGUGAAGUAGAUGAACCACUAAGUGCUAUCGACAAAGCAACCAUAUUAUUCCAGGGAUGCAUGCGGGAAAAGACGUCUGAAGACAUCAGAACAGCUUAUGAGUUCGUUAACAAGUUCCAUCUGCACUUCGAUGAGAAGCUUAUUGUAGCUCACAAUGAUGAUCCAAUGUCCAUUAUGAUCAGCAUGGGCUCUAAGCUGGGGAACGGUAUUCUGUUCAGCAUGGACACAUUCUAUGGAUCUGCAUGGGACUCUAAUAAUGUCAUCAAAGCACCCUUAGAAAUCCGGCCUAACGAUGACUUUGUGCAGUGGCUGAUGAGCGCACGAGAUGACAGGAAGCUAAUGCUGACAUUGAUCCAAUCUUACGCUCCUGAUUUGGAAGAUCCAUAUGGCGUUCAUGGUGGUGUGGUUAACGCAACAUACACAAUGUUCAAAAUAUGGAAUUCGACAGACGUUUUGAAAUCUGCUGAAUGGAGGGGGAAGUUGAGAGACCUCAGCACAAAAUCGCGUCACGUUAAAUCGGACGAUAUUUUACGUCAUAUCAACCAGAAGUACGUGACUCACCCUUUUACAGAAGAUGACGUCGUCGUCGUAGAACACGAAAAUCUCUUACGUUUUAUUGACAACCUGAUUUCAAGUUUGGACAAAACAUAUCUAAUUUUUCAAUUAACUUUUGAAUUCCUCAGACAAAUUGAUCCUUAUGUGAGGGAGCCGAAUGCAGACAAAUUUGCCCAGAAAUCUUCAUCGUACUGUUACCCUCUUCUUGAACCUUACAUAGGAGUGGCAACACAUAUACACCUGCUCGAAACGCAUUCACCAAACCGUGACGACCAGCGUGUUGCCAAAAUAUACGACGACUUUAAAAAAUCCGUCCAAUCGUACAGCGACGCUCGAGUGACCUCUGCUCUCACGAAGGACAUGACCAUCGAAAUUGGUUUCCCCUCAGACAUUCGAGACAAUGUAAACCUCGAAAAAUUGUAUUCGGUCUUCCCGAAUCUGACGGGAAUAUACUUGGAAGACGUCCUGGCCUGGAGGGCUGCCUAUUAUGGAUUCCGAAAGCAGCCGAGAAGUGAACUCUUCAUUCCACUUAACGCAUUGGAGCCAAAGACCUACUACGAUCCUACUCUUAAUAAAAUCGUACUUUCUGACACGAUGUUUCUCCCGGCAUUUGUCGCCGAAGACGUCAACAAUGCAGCUGCUUAUGGAGCAAUUGGAGGAGCCAUAGCACUCCAAAUGGCUCAAGCGAUUCUCUCUCAUGGCUCAUGGACAGACAGUUCCUCAAUCCAGUGGCGGAAUAACAAGAUCUCCUGCCUUAAGAGCACAUUCAAGUGGAAUGGCACAGAUAAUCACAUUGCUUCUUUCCUGCUGACUAAUUCCCUCCGAAGAAGCUUCGUUAAUAGCUCCAGCAAGGCUCGCAUACCCCAGUUGGAGGAAUAUACUGCAGAACAGGUCUUGUUUAUGGCUACCUGUCUCAUGUACCUCGGUAAUGGUACUCCAGCUGAAGGGAAUUGGACGAAUGCGGAGCUGUGCAAUAAUCCAUUGAAGAAUUCACCCGACUUCGCACUUGCCUUUCAAUGCACCAAGGGUUCUAAAAUGAACUCUGGUAGUCACUGUGUCCUCUGGUGAUGGGUUACAUAUCCACAUCUGUCUCGGGGUACAUGAAAUGCAGAGAAUAAGUGAUUAUUGGCUUCAUGAGAUACAAUACAGUAUGUGCAACACUU